GGAUAUCGCUGUGACACCGCCGGGACGCUCUGAGGGGGAAGGCUGUCGGUGUGGCGCCGGUGCACGCUGAAGCAGUGGGUGGAACCGGCUGAUCAUGGGGACGUGGGCGUCGUUGGACGCGAUGUGGGACUUGCCGGCGGAGAAAUGGAUCUUCUGGGCAGUGUUGCUCUUUUCCUGGACAGUGUAUCUUUGGGAGACCUUCCUCGCACAGCGGCAGAGAAGGAUUUAUAAAACAACUACUCGUGUACCACCGGAGUUAGAACAGAUCAUGGAUUCUGAAACGUUUGAGAAGUCUCGACUCUAUCAGCUGGAUAAAAGUACCUUCAGCUUCUGGUCAGGACUCUAUUCAGAGGUUGAAGGCACUUUUAUUCUUCUCUUUGGAGGAAUCCCUUAUCUCUGGAGACUUUCUGGACGGUUCUGUGGUUAUGUUGGCUUUGGACCAGAAUAUGAGAUCAUUCAGUCCUUGGUGUUUCUGCUGUUGGCUACGCUUUUCAGUGCAUUAACUGGUUUGCCAUGGAGUCUUUAUAAUACAUUUGUGAUAGAAGAAAAGCAUGGUUUCAAUCAUCAGACUUUGGACUUUUUUAUGAAAGAUGCAAUCAAGAAAUUUGUUGUGACUCAGUGUAUCUUAUUGCCUGUGUCUUCACUUCUGCUUUACAUUAUUAAGAUUGGGGGUGACUAUUUUUUUAUUUAUGCCUGGCUGUUCACAUUAGUUGUCUCUCUGGUGCUUGUCACAAUCUAUGCUGAUUAUAUUGCCCCUUUAUUUGACAAAUUCACACCUCUGCCUGAGGGAAAGCUUAAACAAGAAAUUGAAGUGAUGGCAAAGAAUAUUGAUUUUCCUUUGACUAAGGUGUAUGUUGUUGAAGGAUCUAAACGCUCUUCCCACAGCAAUGCUUAUUUUUAUGGCUUCUUCAAGAACAAGCGAAUAGUUUUGUUUGACACUCUACUAGAAGAGUACUCAGUACUAAACAAAGGCAUCCAAGAGGACUCUGGCAUGGAACCCCGCAAUGAUGGAGAAGGGGACAGUGAAGAAAUAAAAGCUAAAGUUAAAAAUAAGAAACAAGGAUGUAAAAAUGAGGAGGUGCUUGCUGUACUUGGCCAUGAACUGGGGCACUGGAAGUUGGGACAUACAGUCAAAAAUAUCAUUAUUAGCCAGAUGAAUUCUUUCCUGUGUUUUUUCUUAUUUGCUGUAUUAAUUGGUCAAAAGGAGCUUUUUGCUGCAUUUGGUUUUUACGAUAGCCAGCCUACUCUAAUUGGACUGCUGAUCAUCUUCCAGUUUAUUUUUUCACCUUACAAUGAGGUUCUUUCUUUUUGUCUCACAGUCCUAAGCCGCAGAUUUGAGUUCCAGGCUGAUGCCUUUGCCAGGAAACUUGGGAAGGCUAAAGACUUAUAUUCUGCUUUGAUCAAACUAAACAAAGAUAAUUUGGGAUUCCCUGUUUCUGACUGGUUGUUUUCAAUGUGGCAUUAUUCUCAUCCUCCGCUGCUAGAGAGACUUCAGGCUUUGAAAAGUGCAAAACAAGACUGAGAUGCCGAGAGCGUGUGACCGAAGACAUCAGUAUUUCUGUCCUGGCAGCAUGCUCCUGCUCUUGGUGUUUUAAAACAAUUUUUUUUCUUUUUUUGUAAGAGAAACAAUUAGGUACUGAAAAGCCCAGAUUUAAAUACAUUGAAUAUCUCAUUUCAAAAAUGAUUUUAAUAACUUCUUAAAACACUGGAUAAAAUUUUGAAGCUUACUGUUUUUAACAGUAUAAUUUUACCUUCGAUCUGAUUUUUCCAUCAGUUACUAUCCAAGGAAAUGCAGCACUUGUAUCUUCUCUCGCGUGGGUCUGCGUGUAAGGGCUGCGAGGCACAUGUGGAGCGAGCCCCUCCUCUCAUCCUUUCUCAAGACGGAAACAGUCCUGAGUCCCACUGUUCCUGGCUAAGCUGAAACUUGUUUUUACCUUCCUGCUGUUGUGAUUUAUCCUGGCCAAUCAGUGUUUUCAAUAAAAAAGAUAACGGUUUCUUUUAUAAGCAUUGUUAGAAGUAGGUUUUGCUGUGCUACCAGAUUCCAGCUCUCUUCUUUCUCUUGCUGUCCGCUGAUCAGAAGUUCUUUUGUACUUUUAUUAUUAUUAUUAUUGUUAUUAUUAUUAUUAUUAUUAUACCAGGAAUAGAACUCACGACAUCUCGCUUGCCAGGCAGGCGCUGUGCCGCUGAACUGUAUCCCCAUCUGAUCAGAAAUUUUUUUUUUUUGUCAUUUUUGAGACAGGGUCUCACUAUGCAUUUUAGCUCACUUUGUAGCCCAAGCUGGUCUCAAAUUAAGACGAUCCUCCUGCCUCAACCUCCUGAAUGCUGGGAUUAUAGGAGUGUGCCACCACACCCGGCUUUUUUAAAAAAUUUCUGAUAGUGCUUUGAAAUUAGAAAUUACAUGUAGGGUGUUUUAAAUCAGUGGAUUUCUUUUUUUUUCUUUCUUUCUUUUGGUACCAGAGAGAGAACUUGUGACCUCAUGCUUGCCAGGCAGGCGCUCAUGCUGCUGAGCUAAAUUCCCAGCCCCCUUUCUUUUUUUUUUGUAAUCUGUUUUUGCUUUUGCUUUCACCCUUAGGUAGGGUCUCACUAGGGUUAUAUUAGCUUUUUUUCAUUCAUUCAUUCUUUUUUUUUUUUGUCUUUUUCCUUUUUAUUGGUACCAGGGAUCGAACUCACAACCGCCGCUGAGCUAAAUCCCCAGCCCCCAUUCUUUUUUUUUUUUUUUUUUUUGAGAUAAGGUUUUGCCAUUCAGUUCAGGCUGGGCUUGAACUCAUUAUGCAACCCAGACUGGCCUUGACCUCACAGCAAUCCUCCUGCCUCAGUGAGUGUUGAGAUUACUGGUGUACACUACCAUGCCUGGCACUCAUUCAUUCCCUUUUAUUCAAUAAAUAGUUAUUCUGGCAUUAGCAGAAAUUGUUAUAUUGAACGGGUUUUAUAAUGUUAAAAGGUGCAGGAUAUGGAAAAAAAGAAAUUACGUUUUAAGAGACUUAAGGGACACAUAUGAAUGAUUCUCUUAGAACAUUUCGGGAAAAAUAUAGUUUUCUAUCUCUUUCAAGGACAGAAGAGUUGGUUUUAUUUUUGUAACUUUUAUCAGUAGUCAUAAGUAUGAUUAGUGCUGAGGUCAUUUUUAAAACUUAAUAAUUCUUGAUAUGUGGAUAAUGUUUACUUUCCAAAAAUUGUUAUGAAAGAUUCCUAGUUUUAAAAGCUGUAUGUUUGACUGCUUUAAAUCUGUCCACUUUCUGAAUGAGAAUUUACUUUGUGUCUAAUACUCCAUCUCACUGAUAAUGUUUACUUUCUGGGCAUUUAUUCCGAAGUAGGUUUGAUUGUGUACCUUUGGUAUCUGGCCAUACAGUCUUUUGCUCAGCUGAAAUUUGAGUGAUGUCUUCACAUGGAAAUAUAAUAAAAAUUAAAAUCUCAUUUAGUACUGCAUUGUUUAUUUUCCCACAGCUAACGCAGAACCACCUCUGUGGUUUUUAUCCAGCAUCUUUUUCUUGUGACUUCAGGCUCUAAGAACUGCCUUUUAUUCCUUCUGUGCCUUUAAAUACAAAGUUAAGUUCUGCACAAGUGAAACAUUAAAAAUUGCCAAUGUA